GCAGACAACAAACAAACAGACAGACAGACAGACUGUGGCACUCAGCUGGACAACAGUGGCUAUCACCUGCUGACCUGCAAAACAGGUGAAUGGCCAGUUUGGUCCCAUGCCACCAUUGCUGCUACUUGGAAAGAUUGCCUUCGCAAUGUACAGGCACACUUCAAGCGAGAACCAAGACAUCUUCAUUCUAGCUCUGAUUGUAGACUUGAUCUUGUGAUGUUUGACUCAGCUUCAGGGGCUAAUGAUGAAUUAGAUAUUGCACUAGCUCACCCUUGGAGCUCAGAUACCUUCCCCAUGUCAGCUGAGAUUGAUGAAGCAGCAGCCAAGUGGCGAGAAGAGAGAAAGAACUCCAGAUACAAGAAAGAGAGACUUCCUGGUGGCACGUCUGUUUCCCUGAUUCCUUUGGUCUUGGAGCACUACGAAAGAUGGGGCAAAGAGGCAUGGAAGUUCCUUCAAAAGUUGGCAGAGCAGUCGUCAGAUGAAUUUGGUCGACCCAAUCCUUCAGAAUUCUUAGAUUUUUGGAGGAAAAGAUUUGCAAUCCAACUGCAAAGAUGUAAUGCCAGCGUCAUCAGAAGAAAAGCGUCGGCACUCUGUGCAAAUGACGAAUUUAAACUGGACUCUAGCAGCACCCAGGUUUUCAGCCAUUAGUUGGUUGCAAGCUGGGUAGUAACAUAAUUCUUUAGCUGCUAUGUGUACACAUGUGCAUUCUCAUGUAGCAUGCAAACUUCACUUUUUUGCCUUUGGCUGAUAUGUAUUAUAGUUUGAUGUUUGAAAUAUAUGUAUAGACAGACAGACAGACAGAAAGACAAACAGAUAAAGACAAACAACCUAAAAGUUAGCUUCGCCUUUGGUUAUAAAGUCCAUCUCUAGUAUGUGUCUGCUAUUACAGCACAUAGCAAUUGCAACGAAAGCCAACCUCUCACAAAGACAAGCAAGCAGACAGACAAACUGACAGACUGACUGUUACUCAUCCGUACAGCC